AACAAGGAUAUGAAGUUGCUGUGUUUGAUAGGAAUCCUAGAUCACAUCUUGGAAAGGUAAAGCUUUCAAUGAGCGUAUUAAAGACUAUUUAUACUAAUAACCCUGGUAUAUUAAUUCUGAUUUCUGGAGAUCGUGAUUAUACACCCGUGGUAGAAACGGCCCUGGAAAAUAAUUGGAUAGUUCAGAUUUGGUUUUGGACUUCAGGGAUGUCUAGUAAACUUAAAUCGAAGACACAUUUUUAUUCACUUGAUGAUUGUUAUCGAUCUUUUGCAUAUGGCUUAGGGCCUGACCCCACUGGGAUAAUGAAAGUUCUUGAAAUUACUGAUGGGGAAAUCAAAAGUUGGAAGGACGAAAACUUGAUAGAAUGGUUUAACACUUUGAACCUAUUUGGAUGGUGGAAUCGGCUUGGUUCUAGUGCUGUACAGAUAUAUUUUGAUAAUCAAGUGAACUUGGAGAUGAUGAAAAAUUUUAUUAAAAAUAACUAUCAAAAGGUGCAGAUUCGAGAAAAAAAUUAA